AUGGAUCCAAAUAUUAAGCUUGUUGCAGAUGAGGGAGAUGCCCUUGAUGAUCCGGAAAGAUAUAGAAGGUUGGUUGGAAAGCUGAAUUACUUGACAUUUACUCAACCUGAUAUUUCAUUUCUGGUGAGUGUUGUGAGUCAAUUCAUGUCAUCUCCCAGGACAUCUCAUUGGGAUACUGUCAUUCGGAUUUUGAGGUAUCUCAAGAAGGCUCCUGGACGAGGGUUAGCAUACACUGAUCAUGGUCAUACCCGAGUUGAGGGAUUUUCUGAUGCAAAUUGGGCUGGAUCACCAAUUGAUCGAAGGUCAACUACCAGCUACUGUACAUUUUUUGGAGGGAAUCUUGUCUCAUGGAAGAGCAAGAAACAGAGUGUAGUGGCUAGAUCAAGUGCAGAAUCAGAGUACUGA